AGGGCUUGAUAAGGUCUUCAACCAAAUGACACCAGACAGACAACAGGAAAUUGCACAAGCUUUGGUGGAAUACCUCAAGAAGUCUCUCCAAUUCAAUGAACCAGCUUGCCGACAAGAUUUCCAAAGCGAUGCUGAGUGGCUCAAAGUCAAUUUGGGAGAAUUCUCGGAAGACGUAGCCUAUUCAGACCUGAAAGCCCUAAACAUCACGGGGCUGGACGUUCUGGGCUCUCUGUCUCCGGAGCAGAAAGCAGAGCUGAUUCUGGAUCCCAGCACUGGCGCUCUGGAGAACGCAACCAUCGUGAAGCUUGUUUUCAGCGGCUUGCUGGAGUCUCCAGAGGAGGGGCAGCUUGAUGCAUUCUUUGCUGCUUUUGUGCACGCCACCAUAGAGAAAAACGUGACCAUCAUACGUAAUCAAGCUGUGAGGGACAUCAUGCUCAACCUGACUUUGACAGCACUGGCUCCCAGAUUCCCCAUCUUUGAACCGGAUGACUUUGCUCUCUGGUUCCAAACAAACCUGGUUGUCCUGCUGGCCAGCUUUACUCCUGAAAGUUUGGUUGUGAUCCCCAGGAACAUCAGCUGUGACUCCUACCAUGCCAUAUUGAAAGGACUUGAAGAAAGUUUGGCAUCUCUUCAGCCUGCAGAGACUCAGGGCAUUGAAUCUAGCAAAGAAGUGCUGAUGGAGAGAGCUCCAAAAAGCUGCAAGGAUGUUCCCACUGAAGUUAAUGAUCCAGGGGCUCUGGACUCUCUCUCUCCAAGCCAGAAAGUAGAACUGAUACUGGACCCCAGCACUGGUGCUCUGGAGAAUGAAACCAUCAUUAAUAACAUUUUUACAAGCCUGCUGAAAUCCCCAGAUGACAGACAGCUUGGCGCUUUCUUUGAUGCUUUUGUUGCUGCCACCAAGCAGAGAAACGUGACAGUCAUCAGUAACAAAGCUGUGAGAGACACCAUGCUAAACCUUACUUUGACGGCACUGACUCCCAAGUUCAACGUCUUUGAUGCCAACAACUUCACAGUUUGGUUCCAGAUUAAUCUUGUUCUGCUUCUACCAAGUCUAAACAAAGGCAGCUUGACUGUUAUUCCACUAAAUAUCAGUUGUGACUCCUACCACGCCAUAGUAAAAGGGUUUGACAAUGUGUUUUCUACAUUUUCAAUGGAACAGUCUGAAAACAUUCUCAGCUUUGCCUUGAAUUAUUUGUCAGGCAAACCCACACAAGGUGCCUCUUGCAUGUCCAUGCUGGCCAAUAACAGAAACUGGCUUGAGAAAAAUUUUGGCCAAUUCAGAGUCUAUGCAUCAUACAUGAACUUUGUAAAACUGAACAAGGAUUUCAAUGGAGUGGACGUCGUUGACUUGCUGACUCAGACACAGGUGACCCAACUGUGUGCCACUCCUGGACAGGUGAAAAGGGCAGAGGAUGUCAAGAAGAUUAUGACAGUGAUACCCGCCUCCUAUUAUGGAUCUUUCUUUGACAUUGUUUCUCCAGCCAUUCAGGAAAAUGAAGCCAAUUACACAUAUGAAGUGAGAUCUGCGAUGCUCCAGGAAAUUUUCGAUAAAGGAGAUCUGUCUGCGCCAUCCAUCACUGACACUGAAAUUCUGGUGUGGCUUACAGUUAGGAUGAGCCCCUUGCUACAAAAUCUGACAAAAAGUCAAGUGACCUCUUUCUUCAAUGUUGUGCAAGACAGGAGUUGCAACACAACACAAGAAGCUGUGAAUGUGCUGGACUCUCUCCGCUCUACCCUGAGUGAAGAUGCAAAGAGUGAAGUCUACAGAAACAUACUGCUCUCACUCAAAGGACCAUCUCCAAUCCGUUGCUAUGAAGGAGGAAGUUUCUAUUUAUUUGUGACAAGUACAUUCUUUCACUUUGGAUCUCCUGAUGUAACCACUAUCCUGUCACUAAUGCCAAACAAUCGUAAAUCUGAGCUGAUCAACUCCAUUCUACCAUCGGAGCUAGGUAGCUUCCUCAGCCAACCGAAAGUCAUUGACAAUGUUACAGAGCUUUGCACAAUCUUUAACAACUACAAGAAGACUCCUGACUUCUUGGAAACUGAGGAUGUCCCUGAUGAAGUGAGAAGACAGGUCUUGCCCUGUGUCUGGCCUUUAGCCCUGAGCAGUGACAAGGAGGCAGAGGUUGAUCUGUGGUUUGACAAAAGCCUGAAGCUCUACUUGAAGUUCCUCACCAAGGAUCUCAUCAGUUUCACCCAAGUGCAGAAUGCCAAAUGUCUACCCUUCCAGAAAAUCAUCUCUGUUCUUGGAAACAACUACAGCUACAUCUCAGACUUUCAGCAGAAAGAUGUAUACAAGACCAUUGUGUCCUACCUCAACACAGGCACAAAGCCCAGGUGUUACAAUGCUGCAGACCCACAGCUAAACUCCACAUCCUGGUUUGUGAAUUACAUUGGUGCUUUCAUCACCUACAUGUCUUUGGCUGACCUCAAAACAUUCAUCUCCUUUGACCAGCAGACAAGCAUCUUCUUGGAGGAUCCUAAAAAUAUUCAGCUCUUCAGCAACCCAGCCAUACCUGUGGAUGUCACUUCUUUUUACACUUCACAAAUAUACAUAUACAAUCCCACCUACAACCCCCUACUGCUACCUGGUAAAUUCCUUUGUCAAGUCCCAAGCUCAGCUUACGUCCCGCUGAACCCAGCAGAGAGCAUUGAGAUUCUGGACAAAUUGAACCAGUUCUGCAAUGGUAGUGGGGAUCCCGAGAUAUCUGCAGCUCUGGCAGGAAACUUUGAAACCAUCAAUGAGCUCACAAUUAAAUCAUUGGGAAAAGAUAGUACAGGACUAACAGCUGGACAGAUUGAAGCAACGGCACCGUCUGUCAUUGUGUCAUCUCUUCAAACUCUCAGUACUGUGACUGGCUGGAACCAGGGGCAGGCAAAUGCACUGAUAAAGACCAUCACUGCUGGUGGCUUUAAGAUCAACAGCGCCUCCUCCCUGCUGUCAUUAGGGACUCUAAUAAAAGGUGUUCCCACAACAACAUUUACCAGCAUUGACCCUUCUGAACUUAUAACUGCAUCUCAAAAUCCAGCUUUUAUCACCAACAUAAUCAGUGCCCCUGAAAUUGUACAGUACACAUAUGUUGACAAGAUCAUCUCUUUGAACCAAGACCCAAAUAUUGUGAUUCAAAAUGUGCCUGAUGAAAUAGCCACCGAAAUCCCAAGGGUUCUGCUAACAUUCUCUCAAGAAUCAGUGGAGGUGCAGAAACUUGUGAAGAAAACAUGGACUCAAGAGCAGGCUGUUGUGUUCUUUGAAAAAGUCACAAGUGGGACUCAAGAUCCUGAACUAUUUCCGCCGUCAGUGUUGCAAGGAUUUACUUGUAGUGGAGUGCGAAAUACACCAAUUUCAAAAGUCAAGGACCUCAUCAAAGCUUGCAGGCCAAGGAUUGGUCAAAGGAAGGUGGUUUUAAAGGAAACUCAACUGACCUGCAUGUACAGUUACAUCAGAGAUGACGUGCCACAGACCUUUACUGACUACCCUUCAGAUAUGUUGCUAUAUUACAACUAUGAGAAGGUGGAACAAGUGAAAUGCAAGUCAUACUUUGCAGCAACUGGAGCAGCAGACUUUUCAGUCUUGUCCAAAGUGUUGAACAAAGAAGCUAGCUUACUGAACAAUGCAAAAAAUUGUCUGGGUAUAACAGGAACAAACAUCAGCAGAGAAAACAUAGAGGUGCUGGGCAACAUGUGCUGCACAUUGGAUGGGUCCUAUAUUAACAACUCUGAUAGUCUGAUCCUGGAGAAACUGAAGAACUGCAACGAUCUCUCUGACACACAGAUAAAAUCUAUAGAGUAUGUUCUGCUUGCUGGAAACACCAAAUAUGGCGAUGUUUCUACAUGGAAUCAACAAACACUGCAAGAUCUCGGAAUACUUCCACUGUACCUAACAAAAGAUUUCUGGGGUAAAUUCGAUGACUCCAUGAAAAGGCAAUUCCUCAAGGUCUUCAUGCCAAAACUGAGAGAAAACAAGACGCCAAUAGGAAAAUUGAGACAACUUUUCAAGGAGUGCAAUUCUGUGCAAGGAGCAAUGAGUGCAAGGAGAUUUAAACGUGCAGCAGGGUGCACUAUUGGCAACAUUACCCAGUCUUCUAUCAGCAAUGAAGCAUUCCCCUUUGGAUAUGAUGCACUCCAGUUUGACCUUUGUCUGGAUGUUAACAUUGUGAGAGACAAUUUAGCAGGCCUCACUGAAAAGGUUGUUGAUCAAGAUUUACAGAGGAUCAUUUUGGUCAAAUUAAAUCAGGCAUACCCCACAGGCAUUCCAGAUGAGCAGGUUCAAGUGCUUGGGUCAGUUUCUCGUGUAGCUUCAACAGAUGACAUUAGCAAGUGGAAUGUCACCAAGAUGGACACUCUUGCUGCAUUGAUGAACCCAGAUGAUGGACAGUGGGAACCAGAUAAGAGCAAGGCCAUCAUCACAAAGUACUUAAGCACUGCGGGAAACACUCUGGGUACUGCUGAACUGAAUUCAAUAGGAGGGACAAACCUGUGCUCACUUGAUGCCAGUGUGCUGCAGGAUAUCACUGCAAGUAGCCUGAGAAAUGCCAAUGCUUUGAAUCUUUCAUCUUGCUCCACUGAGCUGAAGAAAGUGCUCUACAGGACUGCCAACGCCUCCUACAGCGCUCAACACAGCGACGCUGGUGCUUAUUACCAGCUCAUCAGCCCCUAUCUGGGAGGUGCCCCUAUCAGUGACAUAAGGACAAUUUCUGCCCAAAAUAUCAGCAUGGAUAUAUUGACUUUCAAGAGUCUGGACAAGGAGGUUGUCAUGAAUCUCACAGUGAGUGAGGUGAGUGAACUCCUGGGCACCAGCGUGGGUGAUCUGAAGACGUUUGAGAAGGACACAUUCAUUAAGGACUGGAUCUCUGAACAGCUUCAGUCACAGCUCAACAAGCUGGGUCUGGGUCUCACUGGAGGAAAGGCAGACCCUCCCCCAGGAGGAGUGACAGGGCUGAACAGCACAAGCAGCACAAGUAACACAGCAGCAACCACAACAAGUGGAACUACAGGAAUGACAACAGCAGCAACCCCCUCUGUAUCAGGCAGUGGAUCAAGCAGUGGAGGAACAUACAAUAGACCAGCUCUCACUCUCCUGGGGUUGACGAUCAUUACGCUACAGAUACUGCUGUAAACUGAGACAAAUGAAAUCAUAUACACAUGAAUAACUGUUUAUUUUUUCUUUUGAAAUCUCU